ACACAUUUUGGGUGAAAUAGAUUGCACAGACGCUAAUUAUUCAUUUUAACAUAUUGAAUGAAUGAAACAAAUUGGUCUGCCUCAAAACAGGCAAUUUUUCCCAUCCUAUUUGUACUAUUCCUUGUCUAAAAAUUCCUUCAUUUCCAUAACGAAAAAAAACUUCAUAUCCCAAGCAUCACUUCGGUUUUUCACCAACCAAUCAAGUAAUCCUUGAGUGUCACGUGACAGUCCUCAUACGCUCUCUUCCGGUACUGCUCUGUCCAAGGGGCUGUUUAGCCGUUUGGGCUAGGUUUGUAAACAAUCCCUUUUCUUAAAAGUGUGGACCAAAAAAAAACCGGAAUUAAGCAGGUUUUUUUGUGUCCGUUGCCGUGGCAAUGGCAUCCGGGACCAUGUCGAUGUUCAGCACAGGCAUCCUGGUACUGACAUCGCCCAUCCACACCCUGCGCAUCGCCCCCGUGCUUCGCUUGGCUGCGCAGCUGGUGGAGCGCACCCUCUACGUCCACCUGCACCCGGGUCUCAACCUGUGCGGCGGCGGCCAAGCGCGGCCCGUCUUCAUCCCGCCGGCCGUCGACCUAUGCUCGCUCAUCACGCGCCUGUACAGCAAUGCGGCCGACGUGUGCUCACACCUCGACGUCCGCGUCCUGCUCACUCACAUCCACCCCCCGUCCAACAUGGGCGGCCCCUUCCCCACGCCGCAGUCCCUGUCCCACUCCCCCGAGGUGCUCCUGACAGACUUCCCUCUGCAGGACCCGGCGCAGUCGCACCAGGUGACGCAGUGCCUGCAGGGCUACGCCGGACACUGCUACACGUGCCAGCCAGGCCUGCCGUCGGUGUUGCUACGCCCGCAGCUGCCCACGCCGCACGAAGAGUCGGAGUCCGGGGUAAAGGAGCCCCAAGGGGAUGGUAAACCAUUGGAGACGUAUCCUGACGUGGUGGUGGGUGGCACCUUCGACCGCCUUCACGGGGCCCACAAGACCCUGCUAAACGUGUCGUGCUUGCUCGCCACAAGACGCUUCCUCAUCGGAGUGUGCGACCAGGGAAUGCUGAAAAAAAAGGUCCUGAAGGAGCUAAUCCAGCCAUACCACCUGCGCGUAGAAAAGCUCCACGAGUUCUUGCGGGACGUCAGGCCCUCGCUACAGGUGGAGAUUGUGCCCCUGGAUGACCCGCUCGGGGUGUCGGUGGUCGACCCGCUGUUGCGUUGCAUCGUGGUCAGCGAGGAGACACGCAAGGGGGGCGAGGCCGUCAACAGGACUCGCAUUAAGAAUGGCCUUCCCGCUUUGGUUCUUCACGAGAUCCAACUGCUCAAGGAUGCGCAUCACUCCGAAACGGAGGAGGAGAAGAUAAGCUCAUCCAGCCUGCGCUCCCGCUUGCUGGGAACGCUCCUCAUCCCACCCAAAGACGCGCCCCAUCUGCCCCUCCAGCCAUACGUGAUCGGCCUGACGGGCGGGAGCGGCAGCGGGAAGAGCGCCGUGGCCAAGCGUCUGGAGGACCUGGGAGCCGUCCGCAUCGACUGUGACAAGCUGGGCCACCAAGUCUACGAGCCGGACACCGCCGCCUACCACCACGUCGUGGAGGAAUUCGGAUCGGAUAUCCUAAAUGAAGAUAAAAGCAUCAACAGACGCGCCUUGGGGAAGAAGGUGUUUGGAAAACCGGAAAGAUUGAAAGCACUAACGGACAUCGUGUGGCCUGAAAUUGCGCUUCUGGUCAAGAACAUUAUCAGCCAAGCCAGGGAACAAGGUAAAGAUGUAUGCGUGCUUGAUGCGGCGGUUCUGCUGGAGGCAGGCUGGACAGACAUGGUCCAUGAGGUGUGGGUGACCAUCAUCCCCGAGGAGGAGGCGGUGUCUCGGAUAAUAGAUCGAGACGGCGUGUCACCGGAGGACGCCCAGCGCCGCCUCCAAAGCCAAGGUUCCAACGCACAGCGGCUGGAGCACGCCAACGUGGUGCUCAGCACGCUGUGGGAGCCCGAAGUCACUCGCAAACAGGUAUUAAAAGCCUGGAAUCUACUUCAGAAGAGGAUGCAGCAGAGACAGGCAGCACUAUAGGAAAAUAGAGACGGUCUAGCCGGAGGAGAAGAAAUGGUACGACCAUGAAAGUCGGUGUCCCUCUGCAGUUGCCUUUUGACACGAAGAUCAACUCAAAUGUGUGCCUUUCACACUCAACCCAGCAAAGGCGGUCGGUCCCCUUUGCUGGACAGUGACAAUUGCUUUCGACACAAAGGGCGGGAGAAAACAUUGUGCCCCCUGAUUUUUGUAGGCUGAAUGAAUCUCGUUUUUUUUCUGAUAAUGGCCCACAAAGCGGGAAAAUUGCCACCGCAUCUUGCAUCCCGUGUCAGUGACGCGGGGUCAAGGGGCGAUUUACAUCGCUCUGAAUUUUUAUUCUUUUUUUACUACCAUAGCUUUAUCAUGCGUGAAAUGAGUGUACGGGGGGCGAAGAUUUUACAUAUAUAUAUAUAUUUUUUUUUUUUUUCUUUCAAAGACUGUGUGCAGUCAAAUAUUGGGAAACCGGAAGUGGGGCAACUACAGCUGUCUUUCAACCCAACCCAUAUUUAUGCACAUCUUAUUCAAGCCAUUUAAGAACUUUGUUCUUUAUGACUCGCACCGGUCAAUUCUUUUGAGUUCACAAGGGACAGAACGUUUUACUAUUAAGUCAUGCUUUUUUUUUUUUGGUGCCAUGGAGAAUGUCCCCAAAUAAUAAUCAAUGGUCUUUAUUUGCUGAAGUCGAAAUUUAGCAGUCGCUGCAGUGUGCAGCAUUUUGCUACCAUCAACAACAACAAAAAAAGUUACUGUAGUGACUGAAGCGCCAGUGUAACUUCAACUCACAUGAUUGUUUUAAUGGAGCUUUUAUUUACGAAUGCUAUUAAAAGAUUCACAUUGAACAUGGA